AUGGUCUAUUAUAGAUACUUUGUGUAUCUACUGUUUCUUAAGUCGAUUGCAGAUGUAAGGGUUUGGAGACUCAUUUAUUCUACGACUGGUGUGUCUUAUUCCUCCACGUGUGCAAUUGUAUUUGCUGAAGCAUCAAAGUAUUCUCGAUCAUCAAAUUGUGAUGAUAGAAUUAUAACACAACUGGAUCUUUCUCUUUAUCAAGAAGGAUCAAUUCUAUAUUUCUUUACUGAGAAUGAGAUUAAAAAGGUCAAGAAUGGAAGAGAAAAAAUCAAAAGUGAGAAUAGGGUACGUCCCAGCAAAUUCACCGGUUAUGGAAUUAUAUUUGAGCUUCCCUUCUGUGUUACCAAAUUUGCCAACAGACAGACAGGAAAAGAGCUUAGUAAUCAAACCGGGCUUCCCGUCAAUGAAGGAGUCUCAAAAAUAGAAUUGUAUCAUUGUAAUGGUGAGGCAAAAGUAUUGUACAUUUCAACAGUAAAGAAUCCAAAUGGUGAAUGGUAUAGGAAGGACCCUAACACUAACAAUUGGCGUAGUGUUUCUAUUAUCAAGAAUAAAAAACCAGAAGCUGUCAGUGAAUGCAUUAUUCGGAAGCUAGCAACUGAGGCCGGUUGUGGGAAAUCAUCUUGUACAGUUGAUAUAUCUAAAAAGGAAGAAUAUUCAAAGGUUCCAAUUUCCGUACUCAAAAAGGAUGAAACUUCUUAUGAUAUAUAUACACAUUCUCCUAGUGAAUACCCUGAAGUUAAAUAUGGGAACACAACUCUUAUGUAUGUGGACAGAGAUGGUGAAAAAUAUAAACAGAUUUCUGGUGAUAAUGUUGAGAAAGUCUCAGUCUACCGUUGGAAAGAAAAUGAUAAACCCCUUGUGUUGAAAAUGAAGGGUUUUGACAAAUCGGUCACAUACUACCAAAAUGUUAGUGAUAAUAAUGAAAAGUGGCAACGUGUUACUAACAAUACCACGGAGGAAGCACCAGAAGAGCUUCUUGAUAAUACAAACUGCAAGGUAAACAACAUGGUUGUACUUGACCUAUCUUUUGAUAAUUCGUUGCACUGCUCAGCGGACAAAAAAGGUUACUGCUGUUCUCUAUGUAGCAAGAAGAAGAUUAAUGUUAUAGAAGAAAAGUUUACGAUACCAAACACUAGAGAAACACUUACCAGUUAUCUACAUAGCCCGGAUAGUAAAUGUAAGGUACAUAAAAUAAAAUACAAGGAUUCAAAAACAAACAACGUGAAAAUAAUAGAUCUACCAGAUCUGUCGCUUCCAAAGGAUCAUAUUGUCCAGCUUAGUGUAUACUAUUGUUCUCACAAUCCUGUCCUCAUCUAUGUUAAAAAGGGAAAUAACAGUUGGAAAUGGUACGUUAAAAGUGGCGAAUCGACCUGGAAACACUGCGAUGAACUAAGUGGAAAAACACCUAAAAACACUGAGGAAUGUGAAACAAGAAUAAGAUUUACUAAAAUCCUUCAGGAGGCCGGAUGUUCCUUUACGCAAGGAAAAUGCACAUCACUCUUACACAAAGUCAAAAUAGACAUUUCUGAGAAACCUAACAAAGCUGGUCAUUCGAAAACAUAUAUAUCUGGCCCCGAGGACGUAGAGGUAUUUCUUAGUCAGUAUUACGGACCCAAAGAUUUCAAUAAACUCGUCCACAAAACACCUCAUGCCUCCUUCACACUAACUGAAAUAAAGUACAAAUCCAAUGCGAUCAAUUUACACUGGCCCAAGGAACCUGUUACUGAAGUAAAUGUGUUUUUCUGGAAGCACGACGUAGACCAUGCAAAACCCCUGUUACUUAGGAUAGGCAAGAUUGAAGGUGAGGAGUGGUAUGAAAACAGUAGUGAUGAUAAAAGAUGGACUAAAGUCGAAGGAGACCUGCAAGAUAACAAGCUCGUAGACAAGUUAAGUGAAACAAACUGCAGAGUCAGCGAUGCCUACUCUUUUGACCUUUCCAAGACAAGUGAGUAUACAUCUGUCUGUACAACCAUUAAAGUGGAAGAAUCAGACGAUACAGAGAAACGCCUGGGAUACACUAGAUACAUCCAUAGUACUCCUAAAGAAUCAUUUAUUCUCCUUGACGUGACAAAUGUACCAUCUAAUAUCAUCCUCGAUACCUUGGUACUACCAGUUCAUGGUGUACAUAGGGUUCAUGUACUCCGUCCAAAGAAUUCUGAAAAACCCACGCUCCUAUACAUUGAAACUACUGAUAAAAUAAACAGCCAGUGGUACGGGAAGGAAGAGGCUGAGCAUAUCGAACUGUAA